GGUUUAUAGCGUGCGGCAAUUUUUAACAGUAUUUCGUUUAAUCAAUUUGUUGGUAGCAAUCGCGUUAAAAUAGUUUAAAAUGUCGACACUUGCAAGUCCUCUAUCGAUUGCUGGAACGCGGCAGUCUGGUGCCUCAGUGCGCACACAAAACGUUAUGGCCGCUCUUUCCAUAUCAAACAUUGUCAAGAGCUCUCUGGGACCGGUGGGAUUGGAUAAAAUGUUGGUGGACGAUAUUGGCGAUGUCACAGUUACGAAUGACGGCGCAACUAUAUUGCGCUUGCUAGAAGUCGAACAUCCGGCUGCCAAAGUGCUUGUUGAGCUGGCGCAGCUCCAGGAUGAGGAGGUCGGCGAUGGCACCACAUCCGUUGUCAUAUUGGCCGCAGAGCUACUGAAGAACGCCGACGAAUUGGUUAAGCAGAAAAUCCAUCCCACUUCGAUCAUUUCCGGCUACCGUAUUGCCUGCAAAGAAGCUUGCAAGUACAUUUCGGAACACUUGACUGCACCGGUCGACGAAUUAGGCCGUGAAUCGCUCAUAAACAUAGCCAAAACUUCAAUGAGCUCAAAAAUUAUUGGAGCCGAUGCCGAUUUUUUCUCCACCAUGGUCGUGGAUGCAGUUCAGGCAGUGAAGAUAACUGACCUUAAAGGUCAUCCGGCCUACUCGAUCAAAGCCAUUAAUGUGCUAAAGGCGCACGGCAAGUCGGCACGCGAAUCGUUGCUGAUACCUGGCUAUGCUUUGAACUGCACUAUUGCAUCACAGCAAAUGCCCAAGAAAAUAUUGAAUGCCAAGAUUGCCUGCUUGGACUUUUCGUUGCAAAAGACAAAGAUGAAAAUGGGAGUGCAGGUACUCAUCAAUGAUCCUGACAAAUUGGAAGCUAUUCGCGCACGAGAGCUGGACAUUACAAAGGAGCGCAUUAACAUGAUCUUAGGUACGGGCGUUAAUGUGGUGCUCGUUAGUGGUGGUGUCGAUGAUCUUUGCAUGAAAUACUUCGUCGAGGCCGGUGCCAUGGCUGUGCGCCGCGUUAAGAAAAGCGACUUAAAGAUUAUUGCCAAGGCCACAGGCGCUGCCUUCCUUACUUCGCUAACAAAUAUGGAUGGCGAGGAAAGCUUUGACGCCUCAAUGGUGGGCGAGGCGGCUGAAGUGGCCCAGGAACUCAUAUGCGAUGAUGAGUUGAUACUCAUUAAAGGCACCAAAGCACGCGCUGCUGCUUCGAUCAUUCUGCGUGGUCCCAAUGACUUUUACUGUGAUGAAAUGGAACGCUCUGUGCAUGACGCCCUAUGUGUCGUUAAGCGCGUGCUGGAAAGCAAAAAAGUCGUUGCUGGCGGUGGCUGCGUAGAAGCUGCGCUGUCUAUUUAUCUUGAGAACUUUGCCACAUCGCUAGCAUCUCGUGAACAAUUGGCUAUUGCCGAGUUCGCCAAGUCACUUUUGGUCAUUCCCAAAACGUUGUCAGUGAAUGCAGCAAAGGAUGCCACAGAUCUGGUGGCCAAACUGCGCGCCUAUCAUAACUCCAGUCAGACCAAGUCAGAACAUGCUGCACUCAAGUGGACCGGCCUGGAUCUCAUCGAGGGCGUUGUGCGCGACAACAAAAAAUGCGGUGUUCUGGAGCCAGCUAUGUCAAAGAUAAAAUCGCUGAAGUUUGCCACAGAAGCGGCCAUAACCAUUUUGCGUAUCGACGACAUGAUUAAGCUAAAUCCAGAGGAGAAAGGAGGCAAGAGCUAUGCCGAUGCGUGCGCCGCCGGCGAGCUGGACGGUUAGGUCAAACAUUUCUUCUACUUGUUUAGGCAUUUACUAUUAAAUAUCACUUCACUCACGCUAAACUGUCCCCAACCAUUUAAUUGUAAAAACAAUUUGAUUGUUUUGCUCUUUAAUAUUUGUAUUAACAUCACCCCACAAAAACUAAAUUGCCUCAUCCACACAUAAUGCAUAAUAAAUGGAACUUUUAAAUAUGCUGCGGCGUAUUUCAAACCGAAAAA